CAUCAUCCUCCUCCUCCUCCUCAUCUUCAGUGCUAUUGCAUCAGGGCAGUGUGAGAGAAUUCCCUCUGGCUGGAGGAUGCGCUUUGGAUACCGCACCUGAAAACAAGGAAGCGUUUAUCUCAAUAAGGACAGGAAGGACAGGUCUACAUGAGGCGGUGGAAGAAGCUGUAAUUUAAAAACAUAGAUAUUUUUGUGGAGUCUCAGGGCUGCAAAUCACACUGUGCACACGAAACCAGCAGACAUCACCAACACAGCCUUCUCCAAGCGCUUUCUCUACUUAGUGCCAUAGACAGGAGUGGACAUGACGGACGGUCCGAGACAUCGAGGAAGCGCUGCUUCUGGAGGCGGUGAAGAAGCGGCACAAGCCGGGAAAGCAGAAGGACAAUCAUCCGUGGCUCUGAAGAAGGAGAUCGGGCUUGUGAGCGCCUGCGGGAUUAUUAUCGGUAACAUCAUAGGCUCGGGGAUCUUCGUCAGUCCUAAGGGUGUGCUGGAGAAUGCUAGCUCCGUGGGCUUAGCGCUCAUCGUCUGGAUCAUUACAGGCGUCAUCACUGCUAUCGGUGCUCUCUGCUAUGCUGAACUGGGGGUCACCAUCCCUAAGUCUGGUGGUGACUAUUCUUAUGUCAAGGACAUCUUCGGUGGACUGGCAGGAUUCUUGAGAUUAUGGAUUGCCGUUUUGGUGAUCUACCCCACAAACCAAGCAGUCAUCGCUCUCACCUUCUCCAACUAUGUUCUCCAGCCUCUCUUCCCCACCUGCUUCCCACCAGAGAACGGUCUUCGCCUACUCGCAGCCAUUUGUCUCUUGCUGCUGACUUGGGUGAACUGUUCGAGUGUGCGCUGGGCCACUCGUGUACAGGACGUGUUCACGGCUGGGAAACUUCUGGCCCUCAUCCUUAUCAUCAUCAUGGGUAUUGUGCAGAUCUGCAAAGGCGACUAUUAUUGGCUGGAGCCAGCCAAUGCCUUCGAGCCGUUCCAGGACUAUGAUGUGGGUCUGAUAGCUCUAGCAUUUCUGCAAGGCUCUUUUGCUUAUGGAGGAUGGAACUUCCUUAACUAUGUGACAGAAGAGCUGGUCGAUCCCUAUGUAAACCUGCCUCGUGCAAUCUUCAUCUCCAUCCCUCUGGUGACUUUUGUUUAUGUGUUUGCUAACAUUGCCUACGUCACCGCCAUGAGCCCUCAGGAGCUGCUGGCCUCCAACGCUGUUGCUGUGACGUUUGGUGAGAAGCUGUUGGGAGUGAUGUCAUGGAUCAUGCCCAUCUCGGUGGCUCUGUCCACCUUUGGGGGGGUCAACGGCUCCCUCUUCACCUCCUCUCGGUUGUUCUUCGCCGGUGCUAGAGAGGGCCAUCUCCCCAGCCUGCUAGCUAUGAUCCAUGUGAAGCGCUGUACACCUAUUCCUGCUCUGCUCUUUACUUGCAUCUCGACCCUUCUGAUGCUGUGCACUAGUGAUAUGUACACACUUAUCAACUAUGUAGGCUUCAUCAACUACCUCUUCUAUGGUGUCACAGUCGCCGGGCAGAUUGUCCUGCGCAUCAAACAGCCUGAUAUGCCACGACCAAUUAAAAUCAGCCUCGUGUGGCCAGUGAUCUAUCUGCUGUUCUGGGCCUUCCUGCUGAUCUUCUCUCUGUACUCUGAGCCUGUGGUUUGUGGCAUCGGUCUGGCUAUUAUGCUCACUGGAGUGCCUGUUUACUUCCUGGGUGUCUACUGGGACAACAAACCCCAGUGUUUCAACACAUUUGUUGAUAAGAUGACAUACCUGGGCCAGAAGUUCUGUGUGGUGGUCUAUCCAGCAGAGGACGAGAAACCCGAAGAGGGAAGCGGAGGAGAAGGGAUCGAGAUGAGGGAAGAGGCUGCUCCUCUGUCUGCAGCGAACAGUGCAACACCAAACUCGGCCGAUUGCUGAACACUAGAAUGCAGACACACACACACACAUGCAGUCAAAUGCAGGCUGCAUGACUGACACAGAUCCACACUGGUAAAAUGGGUGCGAACUCAUAAAGCACACACUAGUACGCCUUUUUCGAUUGCUGCAUCUGCCUUUGCCUCUGCAGGGUUAUCAUUUUUGCAAGUGAGGUAGACUGAGGUAGAGGUGAGAGAGGACACAGGUGAGGAUGGGUAAAGGAGCUGGAUGCUGUUCCAGUCCUCUUUUUAACCUCGACACCUCAACAUGGCCGCUAUGCUGCAGCGGCUUCCGUAAAGAAUCCAGCUAGGUUUCUUUUCCAUCACUCGUGUCUACGUCCUGUUUUACAACUUGGGAUCGAUCAUAAACCAUCAAAACUGAAUGUACAGAAGACACUGCUAUUUUAGUAAUGUCUGAUUUGUAAUACAGAAAUAAAUCCACCCUCUUCGUUGAUGUCUAGAUCUAACUAAACUAAAAUUAUUCUAACAUCCACGGUUUAGAAUUGGACCUCUCAUUCUCUGACCUCAAGUACUCCUCCACCUUUUCUUACUACACACAGAGUCUGUGGAAAUGUACUGUUUCCACACACACACACACACACACACACACACACACUAUAAAUGUAUGUUUGUAUAUGCCACAACCUUGAUGAACAGUGUCUGCUUAGUGCAGUAUUAGUCUUUCAUUACCUACAACAUCAUCUUUAUUCAAUCAUCUUUAUUGUAGUAUGAACAUACCAAAGUGUUUUGAUUCCAAUACUUCAUAGUAGAUUCAGCUGCACCAAUACACUAAGAACUGUUUUUGAUUUUUCCUUGUUUUGUUUUUUUUUUUUGUUUUUUUUUGUGUUCCCAAAAUUCCCCCAAUUUUUUUUUUACCCUUGAUUGUUUAUUUUUUAUGAUGUUUUUGUCAUUCUUAGUACUGUUGUUAUUACUUUGUGUGUUUUUCAUUCAAUGCUUUUCUUGGUUUUCUUUCUCUUCUUUUUUUUUAUCCAAUUGAACUCUGGGAUUUUCUUUUUUUUUUUAAAGCUUGAGAUAAGUGUCUAUAAAAUAUAUAUUUAAGAACCACAUUUUUAGGUUCAGAGUAGUUUUCUACCAGAGACUUUAUCUGGUGUGAGUUCAAGUCUAACGCUUUUAAAUUGCCUUAAUUAUAAUAAAAUUAUAAUAUAAUACUUAGGUAAAAUGCCUGUAUUUAGGCAUUCAUUUAAUCACUUUUUUUUUUUUUAUCACCAUUAAACAAUCUUUUUUCUUUUUUUUUUGCAGAUUUUUUGUGAAAACAGUUUACGAAAAACAAAAAAAGUCUGAAAUUCUAUGCUGGCUGCUGACUUGCGUAAUAGAAUGAACUAAAUUAAUAACAACACAUGAUUUUACUGCUGAUUUCCUGCUCUAUUCACACACCGUGAAGGCACAACCUAAACACUCGCAUGCAUGUGUUCAAAUGUAAAUUAAAUGAACUACAUACAUUUUAAAUCAUUUCAUGUCAGUGAAAGGUUUUUAUAAGUAGUUUGUCUUUAGUUUUUCUCUUUUUUUUUUUUCGAAAAAAGGAAAAGGACAGGAGUAAGGGAGUGCUUUAUUUUUGUUCUUGAAGUGAACGUGGAAAAGACACGAAUAUGUAAAAACAAAAAAAGUUGAGUACUUGAGUACAAAAAAAUGUAUUCAGAGUCAGAGAAAACACUUGCUAUUAAUAUUCAUAUUACUCGAAAAUAAUGUAGAUGUAUUAUAAGUGUUAACGUGGGUGCAAUAACCUGACUAACUUAAACUGACCAAACCAGCCCUUUUCUGUACUCUAUGUCUAAUAUAGUGUCACAUUCUAUCUGUGCUGCCACUGUAAAUAAAUAAAUGAAGGUAUACACAGCUGACUGUGCUCAUAUUGUCCAUAGUUGCUAUUGUGUGAUGCUGUUUGUGUUUUCAUGUAGGAGGAUACUCUCCAAAAUGACAUAUACAUUUGGCCGCCCAAAAUUCUUAGUUUUUGCAAUGAUCCGAAUACAUCAUAGUUGUAUAUUUUCAAUACAUUAUAUCCCAGAUUUAAUUCCCAACAAUAGCAAAAGUGGACAGAAAGUUCAGAGUCUGCUGUUGUGUCUAAAAAUGAUAUGUGAUGUUUGUGGUCACAGGGUCUUUGUCUAUGUGCCUCCGUAGUGAUGUCACACUUUUAUCUAAUUAAUACUUGUGAAAAAUGAUCACCACUAAAAUGAGUGCCAAUUGUUCCCUAUAUAUCCCUGUAUAAAUAGAUGCGUACGUUCUAUAUAAACAAGCAAUAGAAUGUUUAGUGCUGACGUAAGUCUUAAGUCUCUAAGUAAAAAGAAACAUCAUUAAAACUUUAUCCAGGCUUAAAAAUCUGUGUGAUUUAUAUGUCUGUUUAUAAUCCUAGACUCAUCAUUCUGCAAGAUCUUUAGAACUUACUAGAUCUUUCAUGUUACGUGAUGAAUAGGAAACCUUGGGAAAUGUUGUACAUCUCCUUCACUACAGACACUCGUAUCCAGCAUAUCCAGACUCUGGAAGAAUUUAACAAUGUAGCUGUCACCCAUGAGCGAAAACUUGUGUGUCCAUAAAAUAUGACUGUACCCACCAUCAGCAACAUGUGUAUGAUGUCUGUGAUAUUUUCAAUGUCUUUGUCAGGUUUAUGUUUCAAUUUUGCUUCAUGGUUUUCGUUCGAUUUUUGUGACAUGACAAACUUCGGUAAAUUGUGUAAAAAAAAUCUCAAGUCAUCCAACACUCAUUACUUCCACAUGACGUUUCUACUGAUCUCGUUUCUUACGGAUUUUGUAUGUGUUUCAGCUGUGUAUUGAAGACAAAUUAAACUGUAUA